GCGGUGCGUCAGAGGGCGUGCCAAUCAGUGCAUUUAAAACCAUUCAUUCAGUAUGUAACUUUCGGGUUUAACAGAGUCUCGGUGCACCUUUUACAUAACACAGGAGCUAACCAAGUGGGAUUAAUUUACAAUGACUGUGAAGGACACAACCAUGGGUUUGUUUUGAAGACACUUUUACGCCAGAUUCACUUAACAUCGUAACGAAACUUUCUCAGAGAUGCAGACUUUCCUUAAAGGAAGAAGAGUGGGCUAUUGGCUCAAUGAGAAAAAGCUUAAGAGACUCAACUUUGUGAUAUUCGUCGAAAUGUGCAGGAUACAAGGCAUUGAAAUGAUCCAGCUGGAUCUUAGUCAGCCCCUGGAGGAGCAGGGUCCUUUUGACGUCAUCAUCCACAAGCUGACAGACCUCAUCCUGGAGGCAGACCAGAACGAUACACAGGCCCUGCUGCUCAUGCAGAGUGUCCAGGACUAUAUUGAUGCUCAUCCUGAGACAGUGGUUCUGGACCCCCUGCCAGCCAUCAGGACCCUGCUGGAUCGCUGCAAGUCAUACCAGCUGAUCCACAGGCUUGAGGACAGCAUGGGAGAUGACAGGCUCCGCUCUCCUCCCUUCAUGGUCCUCACCAGCGAGUGUGGGGCUGACACCCUGCAGCUCCUGCAGAAACACGACAUCACCUUCCCCUUCAUUUGCAAACCGCGGGUGGCGCACGGCACAAAUUCCCAUGAGAUGGCCAUCAUCUUCAGCGAGGAGGACCUGAAGGACAUCAAGCCUCCUUGUGUGAUCCAGAACUUCAUUAACCACAAUGCCGUGCUGUACAAGGUCUUUGUGGUGGGAGAGGCGUACACUGUGGUGGAGAGGCCCUCUAUCCGGAACUUUCCCUCCGGACCAGCAGAGAGAACGGCAAUCUUCUUCAACAGUCACAACGUGUCAAAGCCAGAAUGUGCCUCUGACCUUACCUCUAGGGACAACGCAGAGGGUGUGUCCAGACAGCCCAAAGAUCAUGUCAUCAGGGAGAUCUCCAGGUGUCUGCGACAGACCCUAGGUGUGUCGCUGUUUGGUAUCGACAUCAUCAUUAGCAACCAGACAGGCCAGCACAGUGUCAUUGACAUCAACGCUUUUCCAGGUUACGAGGGCGUCCCCGAGUUCUUCCACGACCUGCUCAGUCACCUGACCAGCGUGCUGAAGGCGCAGGCGUCGGAGAAAAACAACCCCUGCGGGAAACCCUGCGCGCUUCUGGAAAAAGAGGCCGGCUCCCGCUUCGCCGAAGGCGAGGGCGUCAGGAGGGGCGCCCAUCAGGGACUGGGAUGUAACUCGGAAGUGCCGGCAAACUUCCCGCAGCACUGCGUGUCAGCCAUAGCAACCAAGACCUCCUCGCACUGAUACAAGUCUGUUCUCUUUCUGCUCGGAGAGACACGUCAUGUCAAUAUGAUCAAACAAAUUAAAUCUUCCUGAUUGUGAGGAGAAGAAGAUUUGAGAGGGGAAUGUUCUCUGGUGGUUUUGCUGACUGGUGUAAUUUUGUUCUUGUGGAUGUAGUUCUGGCUUACUGGUGAUGUUUCCCUUGUUUGACUUGUGGGAGCGUAUAUCCAUGAGUGGUCCUUACAGGCGAAUCACUGACUGAAUACGUGUUCGUUGACGUGUGUGUGAAUGUUAUGUAUGAUACAUGUUCCGUUUGAUAUGUUCUGUUUGUUUGCAUGUGUGUGUGUGUGUGGGGGGGUGGUAAGACCUUUCUAUUCUAUCAAGUGCUAUGUGUGCAUACUCAGGUUAAAGUUUUUCCUUACUCAAGGCUUGAAAGGAGGUAUCUCUGCCACCCAGCGGCAUCGAGAAAGCCUUUCGCUGAAGUAUCGGCGAGCUCUCAGACAGACAUACCUCCACUGUGACUCUCCUAAGAGUUUUUUUUUUUUACUUGGACAUACAAAGACUAUCACCACUCCAAGAAACCAUCAGCUCUCCAUGAAAAUUGAUUCAGGGUGCAAGCAUGUUUGAGUGUAACAUGAAGGAAAAUACAUGUACUGAUUUAGCGUGAGUUGGGGAAUAACCUGCUGUCACAAUUGAAAUCAUUUUUCUGAACAAAUGCCUUUGAACAAAUGGUGUCUUUUGUAAAUGAUAAAUCUACAUUGUGCACAACGUAUAUAAUGUACAUCCACAUACAUGUAUAUAACGCAGAUGUAUUCAUUCAUUAGAUCUCUAAACAGGGGUAUACAAAUAUACAUAAGACCAAAGAGGCCUUUGUGACAUGGGAAAGUUAACCUUUAAACUUUCACUUAAACUAUCUUGACAAUGUCAUUGUGCUUUCACAGGUACAAGUGAGUGUUGAAUGUAUGUACAGUAUAAAUAGCUGCAUAUCAAUUAAUAUAUUAUGUUGUUUUACCACAAUGAGGUGUUUUGUUUCUAAUAAUACCUUGAUAAAUAUGAUCAAUAUUGAGAACUCUGAAAUAAAUCUCACAUCUACAUUA